UCUCCUACCUUCUUUUAUUAUUUUUUAUUUGACAGUCAUCUGAGCAUGCUUUUGUUUGUUAUAAAUUUGAAAAGUUUAAAUCAGUUUAAAUAAAUCUUCAUAGAGUUUUAUCAUCUGUUAAAUUAGUUUUUCAUUAUUUCAACUAAAGCAGAAAUGUUGCCUCGACGUUUAAUGUUCUCCUAUAACGCAAGGAUAAAUCCUGAGAGAAAGAGAUUUUCAAAAAGUUCUUUGACGCAAGUUCAAGUUGGUAAUUCCAAAGUUGAAAAGAGCGAAUCUGUGCGAAUGCAAAAAUUUCAUGAGAAACUCAAGGCAGAUGUUUUACCACCUGAAAUAGAUCGUUCCAUGCGAUUCAUCGACUUGGUUCUGGUCGAGACUGAUCCAAAGAGCGGCGAAAUUAUUCCCAACUCGGAAAAGGAACCAACCAAGUGGGGAGAUUGGCAGCACGGGGGAAGGGUAACAGAUUUUUAAAGAAAAUUUCCACAACUUUUCUCAAUGAUAGAAAUUUGUUGUAUUUAAAAUACAAAGAAAUUAUUGCUAACUACUCAUCCCAUAGAAAUGUUGCUCUUCAAAAUGAAAAGAAAAAUGUACCAAUAUAGCACUGCUGUUGUUGUUGCUGCUAUUUGUCAAUUUUUACAAAUCAACUUUAAAAAAUAAAAUGCAAGUCAUUUCAAA